AUGAGGUUCUUAGCUCGAACAGGUCUCUCCCUCGCUAGUGCCCUCUUGGCGAGCCAACUUGUUUAUGCAGCACCGAAGUCGUUCAGAGGAUGCUCACACAAGUUGAAAGAGAGUAUUGCUGGCCCGCCCCACGGGUGGACGCCCGUCGCAGCUGCUCCCAAGGACCACGUCAUCGACCUCAAGAUCGCGCUGCCACAGCCUAACUUCGGCACCCUCGAGAAGCAUCUAUGGGAGGUCAGCGACCCAUCUCACACUCGCUAUGGUGCACAUCUCUCCAAGGAGGAGGUCGACGAGCUGAUGUCGCCGCACCCUGAGAGUCUUUCGAUUGUGGAUGAGUGGUUGGCAAGCCACGGGUUUGACGAAAGCCAGCUGGUGCGGUCGCCUGCGAAAGACUGGGUCACCAUCCGCGUGCCGGUUGUCGUCGCGGAAGAGAUGCUUGGUACCACGUACCAUAUCUACGAGCACAGCGCCUCCGGAGACAGCAUUGUUCGCACGACGAGCUACAGUUUGCCCGAAGUUCUCCAUGACCACAUCGACCUUGUUCAGCCUACUACCAUGUUUGCGCGGUUCAAGCCGAUGAAGAGCUCGUUGCACUGGUCGACCCUCACUCCUGCUUCCCCAUCGACGUCUACCGGCACAAUCACUGGUCCCGCUGGUAACCAGGUUGACGCGAGCUGCAACGAAACGGUUACGGUCACCUGUUUGAAACAGCUCUACAACUCCGUGGACUACAACACUACCGCGACGAACGGAAAUCAGAUUGGUCUGACAGGAUAUCUCGGCCAGUACGCCAACUACGAUGACCUCGAGCAGUUCUAUGAACUCGAGGUUCCUGACGCGUACGGCUCCAACUUCACGUUCGUGUCUGUCAACGGUGGUCAGAACGACCAAGACCCUGCAGAUGCCGGUGUUGAGGCCAACCUUGACACUCAAUUCGGUUUCGGUUUGACAUACCCGACGCCUGGCACUUUCUGGUCUACCGCUGGCGAGCCGCCAUUCAUCCCUGAUUCGCUAGAAGCAAAUGACACGAACGAACCCUACUCUUACUGGCUCUCGUACAUCCUCGACCAGACUGACAUCCCCCAGGCAAUUUCUACCUCUUACGGAGAUGAUGAGCAGACUGUUCCCUACAGCUAUGCCUCUCGCGUGUGCAAUGGCUUCGCUGCUUUGGGUGCUCGUGGUAUCUCUAUCAUGUUCUCCUCUGGAGACGGCGGUGUCGGAGACGGAGACGCAGACCCGGCUACCCAAGAAUGUUACUCCAACGAUGGAACGAACCGCACUAUAUUCAUCCCUGGAUUCCCCGCUAGCUGUCCUUACGUCACUGCUGUUGGCGGUACUGUGAACAUCCCUGAGACGGCCGUUUUCUUCUCUGGUGGUGGUUUCAGUGACUACUUUGCUCGCCCUUCGUAUCAAGACUCUGCGGUGGAAGGCUAUUUGGAGAAGCUGGUGCCUGGGACGUACGAAGGCCUCUAUAAUGCCUCUGGUCGUGGUUACCCUGACGUCGCAGCACAAGCGUACAACUUCCUGAUCGUUUAUCAAGGGCAAACUGGCUACGUUGCCGGAACGUCGUGCGCCUCGCCGACGUUUACGGCGUUCGUGUCCUUGCUCAACGAUGCUCGCAUUAACGCCGGUAAAUCCUCGCUCGGGUUCCUGAACCCGUUCAUCUACUCUGGAGGAUACGCUGGACUGAAUGAUAUCACGGAGGGCAACAACCCAGGAUGUGGCACUGAGGGAUUCAACGCUACGAUUGGAUGGGAUCCUGGUACGUAUUGUGUACCCGAUCCAGCGCACAGGCAAAACUAA